AUGCCCCUGGGCUCGAGGAUGCUACUUCUCUUGUUCUUUUGCUGCGGGGGCUCGGCCCGGGUAAGUUGCAGCAGCAGCAGCAUCUCCCGCCUGGAGAGGGAUGGGGCGCUGCCGGAGGGAGACGACGAGGAGGAGGAGGGGAGCGGGGUGGGAAGGGGACCGUGCUGGGUUCCGGGGCUUGGAAGCUAGCCUGGAAGGAGCCACGAGAGUACCGCUUUCCUUGCAAUUCCUCUCUCUUUCCGCACAUCAUUAACUGCACGCUUGGAGAUGGCUGGGAUAUAGCUCCGCUUAUGUAUGUGUGUGUUGAGGAAAGGGGGUCCCCUUAUUUCUGCAUGCGGCUUGAGCGCCCCCCCCCUUCUCCAGAUGCCUUGUGCAAUAGAGGUUUCUCGUGUAUGUGUGUGUGGGGGGGGGCAGAGGAAGAGCUCCUGCAAAAGCUCCACCGUACAGCACUUACAUACACACGCAGCCCACCGCCACGCCGGCCAAGCGCUCUCCCUUUUCCUUUUUUUGUUUUUUUGUUUUUUUGCAGAGUAUGUGCAACAAUGUUAGCUUGUGUGUGUCUCCCCGCUGAGCCCCCCUCCCCUCCCUUUCUCCCCUCUAUCAAUUCAUAGACAACUGGCAGACGAAAAUCCAGAGGAGGAGGAGGAGGAGGAAGGAUUGAGCAAAGGAGGGGGGCGGCGGCAGUAGUGCUGGGGAAAGCUGGAUGGUCGUUUUGCUAAAUGCAAAGCGACUUAACGGGCGGAAAUGUGUCUCUUUGCCGUAGCCGGGGAUAGAGACCUGGGCUUGUAGACAACCGCGCGGAUAGAGCAUCCCAAGUUGUUUUUAGCUGGCGAUGAGAUCCAAACGGGAAAAAAGAAGAAAGCCAGCACCGCUGGAAGGAGCAUAUAAUUAUAUCUGCAUAUUAGAGAUGGGUUAUUAUUUUUUAAAAAAAGCUUUGCUUUGUUAGGAUCCUCCCAGAACUUCAGAACGCAUCUUGCCCUCGUGUGCUUAACCCACGUGGCGUGGCUGAAGUCUUGGGUGUUGCGGUUUAUCAACAGACGCUGUAAAGAGAACUGGAGCACUCGGAGGACCCAGGCAAAUCGAGACCGGCUUAAGGGUGGUUGUGUGGAUGUGGGAUUCUUGAGCCUCACCUCUGCCGCGUUGCUUUUUAAUAGUAUUUUUUUAAGAGCAGAAAUUGUGCAUCUUUCAACCAGACACACCCAUGGCUGAGGCUAAUACAGAUAUGUGCAGGGAGUUCUGCUAUGCACCUGAUAAAACUACUCAUAACAUAAAAAUUGGGAAGUCCCCCCCUUUCCCCCAAAAUAGGUAUUCCCUAGAGAAACUUGCUUUAAUAGCUUUUAGGGGAAUAACAGACUUGUACUUGACUGCAAAUGUGUAUUAACGCAGCUCAGAAUCUGGUUUGGCAGCUCUAACUUGCUUCCAAAUAUCCUGGUGUGCUGUAUGUAUUUUAAGGGAAUAUUUACCAUGCGGUCUGCCACGAAGCCUUUUAAAACGAAAGGAUAGGGAUGCAUAAUGCUGAAAUACUUUUUUUGUGGGCGGGAUAUUAGGUGCCAUGCUCCCUUCCUGCUUUUUGAUUAUUCCUAUAUUUUGUAUCUUUCUAAAUUUUAAGAUGAUUUCAGAAGGACACCCACGGCUGCCAAAUCAGCCUGAUUCUCAAAACCAUUUUUGAGUUAAAAUUGAUCAGAUUGCAAUUUCUCUUCCUUUCCAGGCUGAUAUGGAAAGCCCUCUAGAGUCUUAUUAUCAUUAAGCACAUUUCCAGUACUGGAGCUCUGACUGACAAUGGACACAAUCUGUUGGGAAGUUCUCCUGCAUAAAUCUGCCUACAGCAGUGUGCCAUUCAUUGCUUGGACAGGAGAGCUUCCUGGCAAAUGGCACCCCAAUAAUGGCUCUUGUUUGGGACCUCCUUUCCCAAGACAAAUUGAGGCACUUUAUUUGUAAGCCUGGAGAGAGAACUUGAUUGGGGGUGGGGAGAGAGAAUAGUGUCCUAAUUAAAAACCCAUCAAGGGAAAGCCGCUUUGUAAGGCUUGGCUGUGUAACCCUACCACCGACUCUCUGCUGCAGUGGCCCCACUGCUAGGGCCAUUGUAAUAAGUGGGUGAUUGGAAAUCCAAAGCCUAUUAUCUACUGUCAGACUCUGAAAUGCUUCUGAAUUGUAGAUCUUGCCAGGAGACUGCCGGAGUGCACAGCCGAGUCCCUCUCAUGCACUUUCCAGAGACGGUAGCUGGCAUUUCUCUCCCAAGUGUGAUUUCUCGCCGAUAUUACAUUGGCUUACUUUUUGCUUAGUAAGCUCCUCUGCAAGCCAGGAGACAGACUCUCUGUUCUCUUCGCCCCUUCUCUCCCUCUCUCAUCCACAUGCCGUGUGGCUUUCUUUCAGUCCACCGUUAUUUAAAAAGCCACCUCAGCUGAGCCUGCUUCUUUCUGCUACAUAUUAAGUCCUCAAAGCGCCUAAUUUUUCCAGUGAUCAUGGGGUUGGUCUGGCUUGCUCCCCCCCCCCCACUCUCUAUAGGGUUUAGGCCACUUGGUUUUGUCAUCAGCAUGUACCUUUAAUCUGUUUGGGAGAGUCCCUAGAAAAAUCUUGCCUGGGGUAGUAGAAAAACAGGGGUGACACCCCACCACCACCACCUUCCCAACCUCAUUUGUUAUAUAGGAAUUUGUUUACAAAUCACCAGCUAACAAGCCAUUCAGCUUCUGUGCCUGUAUGUUGGCUGGAGUCUGAUUGAGCACAUAGAUCUGGAAAGCCAAGGCACAAGGAAAAUUGAUUCUCCCCUCCAAGGCUUGGGCUUGAAACUAGCCUUUUUCUACGACGAUUCGCUCCAGUGUGCAGCUGGAAACAAAUCUCUGUCCCUAAAGGGAGGAAGUUACAUGGCAUAAGCUAUGGAUGUAGCGUGCAGGUUAGGGUGUCUAGGUGAUGCUCCUAAAUUGCCUCGCUGGGGGUGGUCAGGGACAGGCAGAGGGACUGUGCGUAUUUCUGUUUCUCUGGGUUACCCUGUGAACCUUUCAGGAUUUUGCUUUGCGUUCCAGCUAGGGAUGCUUGCAUGUGUACACUCGCUUCCUCCCUCUCCCUCUGCCUGCCUGCCAGGUGGUGAUUGCUCAGCAGUUCUGCAUUGAUUUGUUAAGGGAGGUACAGGCUGGGUAUAUAUGCAGACUUAACAGCAUCCUGCUGUAGCUUUAACAGUAACUCUCCAGAUCUCGAUUGUCCAAUGACUAGGGCCAAAGAUGGUGAUCAGAUGGGUUUCUUAAACCUGGGGGGGGGGGUUGCUUCUGGCAUGCGAGUCCUCAGGCUUGCCAGCCACGGCUUGAUUUGUAUUGAUCUGAGAUGUGAGGGUGCCUGUAAUCCAACUGGGGAGAUUUAUUGCUGUGUGCAUCACUCAAGCCUCCACCAUUCCCAGCAACCUUGCUGAAUAAUAUUCGCCCCCCCCUCCCCAGUCAUCUCUUCAGCAAAAGGCUACUGCUAUUUUCUGACUGGUGUUUCAUUUUCCCCACCCGGCUUGAAACAUGUUAUCAGUGUAAGACUUGAUGAACGCUGUUUCUGUUGCUCAGACUUGCCUGUUUGCAGACACUUGCGCACGGGCUGAGAAACCUCCCCCCAACCCUGGAGAUUCCCACUAGAAACAACAAUACAAUUCACAGUGUUCUGUUGCUCUUGUUUUGGACUCUGCAGGCGCCCAAUGGGGAUCUUACAGUCAGACCCACUUGCAAGCCAGGCUUCUCGGAAGAUGAUUACACAGCGCUGGUUUCCCAAAACAUCAUGGAAGGGCAGAAGUUACUCAAAG